GUAAAUGCUCAACAAUUAUUAUUGUUGUUGUUGUUAUUACCGAAAGACCAUGACUGUUCUUUCGAAGAGGAUUUGCGUCUCAGCAACCCAGUCUUAAUUUACACUGACCUUUUUUCCUUUGAGCAUUUCAUCAGCAUUCAAUAAAAUGUUGAUGACUGCUCUUUAGAAGACAGCUGUGCAACAUAAAGUAUUAUAAAUAUUCAGCUUUCGUAGCCUUGCCACCAACAGCUGGGCGUAAGGUUCAGUACAACAGAUUUCUGCACCGAAAGAGCUUGGCAGGUUCUUGAGUCAGUUUGGGGCAGAAAGCGAGAAAUAGUUUCUUAGGGUUUGGGGACUAGUAAAGAUCUAAAGCAUCUGUUCCCUGGUUAAGUCAGAGUUUGGUAGCAUUGAAUCAUGUUAAGAGCUAAAAUGAUGGGCAAAACUACUUUUUUCACCUUGACUCUACCUAUAUUGAGAUGUCUAAUACAUUACUUCUUCAAAUGACAAAGUACUUUUAACUUCAAAAAAAGUGUUAAAAGGUCACUCAAACUGGAUGACAUCGUACAGGAUAAGCUACUCGAUGUGACGCCUUCCAGCCCCAGAAGGAAAUUCACAGAAAUGUUUUCACCAACAACAGGAACCCGUCAAAUCAGUCCAUUUUCAUCAUCUCCAAAUUGUAAAAUUCAGAAGAUCAAGAAUGACCAGCCAAAAGACAAAAUGGAAUCGACUGACCUUCACCCCAGGGUUUCCAGUAGAGAGCAAUCUCCUGCUGAAGAGAAUGACAAGCUUCUGAUGCUACACUCUAAAAUAGAAAAGUCAUUGGAAUCAUUCAUGGAACAGAGACAACGCUUGGAGAGCUUACAGGCUUUGGAGGGCAGCAAAGAGCUGGCAAUGAUCCUCGGCGACUUCUCUCACUCCUGCGAUUUAAAAGCCGAACUGCAGAAAACUAAAGAACUAAUGGUGGAAAUUAAAAGGCGGAAACUUCUAGAAAGGAAUGACCCAAGGCAUCCCACCCAAGGCAUUAAGGAGAAAUGCCUUCGGUACAAACACCAAAUUCUACAUCUGCCCGAUCGUAUUUAAAAGGACAGAAGAAAUGUUUGUAAAUCAAUCUGCCCGGCAAAUACCAGUUAAGGACGGCUCACAGCACGAGGCAGGUGCAUGUCUAGAUAAAAUUUCUUGCAUCUAAUUUAAACUUUACUAUGCACCCCGGCAGAUAAUCUCAAUGUAAAUAAUACAUAGCUUCAUAACUUUUUGGAAAGCCAGUAUGUACAAGCUGAUCUUGAUUUAUUGCUUUAUAUCAAAUAUAUAUUUUAUAAGUGUUUUAAUAAAGCACACUAAAGCUUC